AUGAGACACGCUGCGAAUGCCUUGCAGGUCGACCUCGGCGAAGUCUGGAAGCGGAGAAAUUUGGACGACAAGGAAAAGGCGUCGAGGGCGGACCACGAGCUUCGCCGGGCGCUCUUCUUCGGACCUCUCCACAGCAUCAAUCGAGUAACCCACCCCCGAGACCUAACUGUCCUGGUUCCUGAACUAUUCGCAGUUCUACUUGCCUUGCUCCCCAAUCUCAAGCACCUCGCCUUCAGCACAACCCCGACCACUUUCAGUGUCGGUGUUGGGAUGGCCGAUGUGCCACCGGCGGCAAUGAGUGCCCUCGGUGUCACCAAGCUGCCUCUUCGGGUUCUUGAGGCGGGUUUCAAACCGAGAUACCUUUCUAGAGUGACGCCGGAUCUCGAAUCCCUCACGUGUGGUCGCGUAGGUGGCCUCGAGGAAUCUGGCUUUCCGCGUUUGAAGUCGCUCCGUAUUAGAGGGACUCGUGUCAACAGACAUAAUUUGGGCCGGAUCGUCGAGUCUUGCCCUGAGAGUCUUUCUUCGUUCACAUACGAGGCAUCUGGGUUUCUGGAAACAAGCAUUGAUUCUGGCUUGGAUCAUGUUGUGCAGCCUUCUGAUGCCGUUACACAUCUCAGCAAGUUUCACGACACACUCAAGUCGUUGCGUCUAGACUUACGGUUCCACACCCGCACGCCUCGCGAUACCGAGAUAGACAACUUACCUAACCUCGAAGACUUUACGGUUCUGGAAGACCUCUUCCUCGCCACCAGUGCGAUAUACAACUUCAACAACUUGGAACUGCCUCAUGGGGACUCUCUCGUCGAUAUCCUCCCGCCGAACAUCGUGUCGCUUACUCUCGCCAAGACAUGGUGGCUGAGAGCUCAACGACUGAGGCUGGGUCGGCUCGGUCUUGCUGAACACAAGCGGUGUAACCCAGAGCGAUUUCGCAAGCUGAAGUUUGUUCGAUGCGAUACGAGGGAAGUCUGUUUCGACAGCUCCGUCAAAGAGGCGUUCGGGGAGGUGGGCAUUGAUCUGGUGUAUGAAGAGUUUCCGAGGCAAGACUUGAGCUAUAAUGACCGGGACGGAGGAUACUUUCGACAGUCCGCAUGGUGGGAGGGUGAUGGACUAUAG